CAUUUAUCCAUUUUAAUUUAUCAAUUGUGAUGCUCUACAUCUUGACGAUAAGAGGUUGAUCAGCUUAAAUCAGAGAAUUGGUAUGGCAGCAGAAACUAAAUCCGGUGGUUUGAAGCUCAAAGCCGGUGGUGGUGGGUCAGCAGCAGCGUCAUCUUCAAAGCCCAAGGUUGAUUCUUCUCCAUUACCAUCAUCAUCUUUGGUCAAGAAGAAAUCUGUGGAGAUAACUCCUAAACUAUCUGCUGCUGCCAAGGGUAAAGCUCUUUCCAAAACUGAGGUGAAGGUUAAUGCAAAGGUAACCCCAAGUUCAUCAAAAACUAUAACUAGAACUCGGGAAAAGAAAGUUUAUUCUUUGCCAGGACAGAAGUUUGAUAUUCCAGAAGAGCGGGAGCCGUUGAGAUUGUUCUAUGAGUCACUGUCAAGACAGAUUCCUUCGAGUGAAAUGGCAGAGUUUUGGUUGAUGGAACAUGGCCUGCUAUCACCUGAAAGGGCCAAAAAGGCAUUUGAGAAGAAACAGAGGAAGCAAAAGCAACUUAGGACAGGAACUCCUGUCAAGUCUCCUUUGCUGCCAUUAUCUAUUGGGAAUUCAAAGGAAACCCAAUUGGUCCCCAAAAAUGGUGAAAUAAAAGGAAAGCAACAAAUCAAAUACGACAGUGAUGAUGAUGAUGAUUUUAUUCUCAGUCCAAAGAGGAGAAAAAGGUAAGUAAGAAGAGAAAGGCUUCUGAAAAAUGUAAUACUAUAGGAAUUUGUAAUUCUGCAGUUUGAGUUGAGUUUAAUUGUUUUGUACCGUUGAGCAAUAUAUACACAUAUAUGACCAUUAAGUCGACAAAUUGAUUAAUAAAAAAAAUAUCCUUGGUUGGUUUCAGACUCAAGUGCACGAAGACCUCCAUUAUAAACAUAAUUUCAUUUUCUCUCCUUAAUUGAUAUAGAUGCUGUUGAUUGG